CGAGCGAAUAGCGGGGAGGAAAGCUGGUGAUGUCAGACGUCAUUAGCAUAUUUCUGAGUAUAUGAGAGGCUUGCGCAAAGACGCCAGCACUACUGCAACCCACCGAGCACAGAAGUCUCAUCAGUGAGCCAGCACAUCGACUAACUGCAACAAUGAGUGACAAGCCCGACAUCUCAGAGGUGACCAGCUUCGACAAGUCCAAGCUGAAGAAGACAGAGACGCAGGAGAAGAACCCCCUGCCUACGAAAGAGACCAUUGAACAGGAGAAGCAAGCAUCAUGAAGCCCCUCCCUUCCCGUCAUGCGCUGUACACCCCCUUCUCCUCCUGCAUUGCCUUGUUUUCAGUCACUUCUUUUAGCUGUAUAACUCUAACCGAAAUUAUGAAUCGACGACUAUAACCAAGCUGCACAGCCAUGUGGACGGAUGAUGCCUCUGUCAGCCUCAUCCCCCUACCCAGUUCCCACCUUCGUGCUCCGUUCUGUUGGCCUGUAACAGAGGAGGAGGGGGCUCUGAUCUGGUCCAAACGCCACCGAGACUGCCAAUGCUGACCUGCAGGUUGGGGGGCCGUGGGGCUGUGGGGCGUGGUCUGCGCUCCAGGAAGCUCAUCAUCGUCGCACCUUCAUCACCACCCAGCAUCCCGUGUGGCUGCUUUUGCGCCAAAGCCGAGGCGUCGGGCUCUUUUUCUUUUUCGUCUUCUAAUUUUCGGAAAUGCACAACUUUGUUCGUACGCUGGCCAAAAUGUAAAUGCCCAAAAAUUGAUACUGUCACAACUUUUUUUUUUUUUUUUUUUUUGUAUGUAUACAUACACAGAUUAAAAUAACGGAUUUCAUCUUGAUCUAGGAGAAGCUCAAAUGGACCUAUCUCGCGGUCCGAUUGUAACAUACUUGGGCCCUCUUUGUUUUCUGAGCGAUUCAGGGAAGCGCUUGUGUUGCAAUCUCCCCGAGUUGUCUCUGUUGAGGAAAUUGUUUGGGUAACUGGUUCUGUGUUUGCUUUGAACUGUUAAUCAAACUUCUUUUGGAGUUUUGUAAAUUUCCCAGCAGUCAUGUUACUCUGCCACAAACCAUUGCCAGAAAAUGGAAAACCGUGAAAUGUUGUAAUAAAAAGAAUUUGUUACUAAAAUGAA